GUGGAGUAUGUGCACAUGCUAAACGCUACCAUGUGCGCCACCACACGAGUGAUCUGUGCCAUUUUGGAGAACUAUCAAACGGAGAAGGGCAUUGUUGUCCCCGAAGCCAUUCGACACUUGAUGCCCACCGGUGAGUAUAGUGGCAUCAAUUUGCUCCAAGUCAAGUCAAUUCAAGGAAUGGCUUUACACACCUCAAAAGGUUAA